UGUAUUCCAGAAGCUGUGGCAGCUGGGAGGGGGGGGGAGGCAGAGAGGAGGAGGAGGACCUCUCCCUCCCCACCCGCAGAUAUGUGGGAGCAGCUCUUCGCCGCGUCCCACAGCAGACUCCAGCAGGGCCUCUGCAUCUGCGCUCGCCUCGAAUUCCGUGGGCCUGCCCUCUCCUCCAGCGCCGCCGCUCGUGGCGUGGGCCCCAGGGGGUCUCCCGGGGCCGGCGGCCCCACGAUCGUCUGCGGCGACGUCGGGAUUUGGCACACGGCCAGGGCCUCCCUUUGGGCUGGCGCCUUGAACGAAGAGAAAAAAAAAGGCUGGAGCGCCGGCUGCGCGCCAGGGGAGUGCACGCCUCCCGCUCGCGCGGGCGGAGGGGAGGAAUGUCUCCGCGCUGUGUCCAGCGCUCCUCGCACCGGACCCGAUCCGCGAGGCGACUGCGUGCAGACCUUCGCCCGCCUGCACGCCCAUCGCGCACGGCUGCUGUCGAUCGCCCUACCAGCAGAUGCGCGCAGGAAUGGUAAGUUGACCUUUUCGGCGGCGGUUAGGGUUCGGAUCCUGCGGCCGAGUUCUCAGGGCCGGCGGAGCUAGCCGCAAGUGAGGGGCAACAUGCCCCCCCCCUGUCGACGCCACUGCGCCAGGCCUCUGCACCAGAUCCUCGGGCCCGCGCCGUCGGCGAGGAGGCCCCGCGGGGAGCGAGCGCCAGCGGUCAGCGGACGCCCUCGGGGAAGGCGGCGGCGGCAGAGUCGGAGUCGUCCGACUCAGGGGGCGCCUCGGUCGUGGCGGCGGAGAGGUCGGACCUGGCCUCGCCGCUGCUUGCCUCCCCGGCUCCUCUCGAGGGCCCGGGCCCCGGCGGGCGCCUCCGCCCUCGCCUGCGGCGCGCGGCCCCGGCGCGGGCUGCGCGGCAGGCCGCAGCGCGGCGAUGCGGGCGGGCUGCGCCUGCGCGGGGAGCCCGGGCCCCCGGGCCGCCGCACCACGGCCACGGCCGCCGAGAUGGCCUCGAGUUCCUCGAGGAGGUCCUCGUCGCCCCACGCGCACGGCUCGCGGGCCAGCGAGCGCAGGAGCCUCUCCAGGCCCUCCCGGUUCCUG